GGAGAUUCCGAAUGCACUCAUCACUCACAGACUCAUGAAACGAGGUUUCAUACAGAUUUAUUAUUACUAACAUUCAUUCGAUCAUUCAGCUGCAAUUCUUGGCACGGCAUUACCAAUAGUUGAUGAAGAUGAUAAUAAGCGGUCAACUUGGACUGAAGGGAACGAAUACAAGUAGUCGGUUACAAAAUACAACAGUCGGUCAAAUCUUAUGUAUGUCAUCUCUGAGUGGAGAUGUCCCUGGGAGAUACUGUAACAGAGGUCGUCCUGUAACGAACAUUAAUAAUACAUAUACGAGGUAGAAAUCUCGACAGCAGAAAUUAUCACCAACGUCUAUUGCAAGGCGAGAAUGCUGUUUUCCCCUUUACUAUCUUUGUUGUUGGGCUAUGCCUUUACUUCUACAUACGUUAUUGCAGCUUCUCCUGAUCGGAGUGAACAACAACCAAUUGCCUAUGGAGAUGUUCUCGAAGACAGUAGCUGCCAUCAAACGUGUAUAGCCCUCCAACAAACCCUUCUGGAAACCUACUAUGGAUCCAUUCCCCCAGAUUUCACUUCCACCUACUACUCCUUCCAACAAGCAUCCGUUGUACCAGCUUGUGUAAUCCGUCCUCAAACUUCUUCUGAAGUAUCCUCCGCCAUGAAGAUCAUCCGGGAAUCUGACUGUCAGUUUGCUAUCAAGAGUGGAGGACAUAACAUGAAUGAUGGUUUUUCUAACGUUGAGGGCGGUAUUACUAUCGACUUGGUGAGGAUGAAGGAUAUUAAGAUUUCGGAGGAUGGGGAAAUUGUAAAUGUAGGAGCGGGUUGUAGAUGGGGGGAAAUUUAUGAGGUUGUCGAACCGAGGGGAUUAAUGGUCGUUGGGGGAAGGGAUUCGACGGUGGGAGUGGGGGGAUUCCUUUUGGGUGGUGGAAUAUCGUUUCUAUCUCAAAGAUAUGGAUGGGGUUCUGACAAUGUUCGAAAUUUUGAGAUCGUCCUUUCCAAUGGAACCAUAGCAAAUGCGAACGCUCAUGAUAACCCAGACUUGUACUGGGCGUUACGAGGGGGAGGAAAUAAUUUUGGUGUAGUCACUAGAUUUGAUCUACAGACUUAUCCGCAGGGUCCCGCAUGGGGAGGCCAAAAUUUCUACCUCUUCUCCGACAUUUCAACCCAACGCAAUACUCUCUCUAUUCCUCCUCGUCCCUUCCUUCCUCUCUCACUACACUCCCUAACCAUCCCCCUCACCAACUUUUUCCUCAAAACUGCCUGUCUCCUCUCCUACUGCACAACCACCUCCACCUUCCUAAACGCCAUCCAAGAUCUAGUUACAAACCAAACCUCCGACACCUCAAGCCAGUUCUACGGUUCCAUCGGCUACCUAGCACAGUACGAUUUAUUCGCCGGACUUACUUGCCUAACAAAUUCACAUGGUGUGCCUAAUCCUUCGGCAUUCGAAGAGGUAAGAAAAUUGGGGGCUUAUAGUACGAAUCGGAAUGCUAGUAUGGGAGAAUUGGCGAAGGAGCUGACGAGUAUGGAUGUUUGGGGUGAUCGAACUAUCUGGGCAACGAUGACUCUCUACCCCCAUCCCGAACUCUCCCAGAAAAUCCUCGAUGUCUUCCUUGAGCUGGUAGAAAAUAUAAAACAUGUCCCCGGUUGUCUCCCGAGUUUUGUAUUGCAGCCGCUAGUUCCUUCCGUUCAUUCGGAUGGUAGUCAGAGUCCAAAUGGAUUAUCCGGGAAUGAUAAGACGCUGAUUGUCUUCAACAUAAACAUAUGGUGGUCCACCCAGGCCUCCGACUCCUACACCCCCCUAAUGCAACAAUCCGCCAACAACCUCAUCACCGAACUCACCCUAUUCGCUACAAAACUGGGUAUUCUCCAUAAAUACAUCUACCCCAACUACGCAGAUGCAAGUCAGGAUAUAUUUGCAGGAUAUGGAGAGGAAAACCUCUCACGAUUGAGAAAAGUACAGGAGGCUUAUGAUCCAGAGGGUACUUGGAGAAGAUUGCAGAGUGGCGGGUUUAAGAUCUGAAAAUUGGGACCUGGACAGGAUAAGUCGAGGGUUUUAUGGAAGGAGAGCAAGGAACAUAGAUGGAUAGAUAGAUAAGUAGCUACAGGAAAUGAAUGCAGAGUUGCGAAUACGCAUUUUAAAGAAUUUCAUAUUCCUUUUUA